AAGUCAAUGUAUCUGUUGUCCAUUCUUAUAAGAUUCACCCUGAAAAUUGGCCUUUAUCCCAUUUAGCAAUGGCGUCUACCUAAUUCUGAUACUAGAACAAUUAUUAGAUAAAGAAACUUGUUUUAGGAAUCAAAUUACUGGGCUAUAAACACGAGGAAAUGUGGAUAAAAUAGUGGCUGGGAUUAUAAGGGGACAAAAUCCAGGCAUCCAUCAGUUCUAUUUCGUGUACAAUGCUAUGUACUGUGCUAACAGCCUAUACUUCUUUCCAGUUUGAUGAAUCUGGUAUGGUGCGUAGGUUACAAGGUAUGCUUAAGUUUAUAGACAAUGAUAUAGGGAGAUAUUGAACAAUAGAUUCGGAACAUUAUGUAGUAUAAUGAUAAAAAACUGAUUAGGAUCAAUCAACCUGCUGAAAUUGUAUAUGCUGCAGAAGCAAUUAACUUAACCCACCUCCACUGGCUCCUGCUUGGUUAAAAUGGCAAAAUUGUUGGACUUACGACUACCCUCAAGUUUUGGAGUUUGGAUUCAGUUGGGCUCGCGGAUGUAUAGUUAAAUAAAGAGAGAGAGAGAGAGAGAGAGAGAGAUGAUCCAAGAUGUUCAAACAGAGAGCUAAUAAGAAAAAAAUGUGAAAGAGCUAAGAAACUUUUUGGAAUUUGCAGUUGAAGUUGAGCAUGUUUGACUUCAAUUGGCUUAGCAGUUAGCUAAUAGCCAGUGGCAUCUGCAGUCUGUUGAUUCACCUUGCUUGCGGCUUAACAUAACUGUGUCCUUGGCCCACUGGAAGCCCCUGCUCUUCGACUGUAUGAAAUGUACUACAUAUAUGAACGAAAAUAUAUAAAAUAAUAAUAAUUAACGGACAAGUCAAACGACCAGAAGCAGGUAAAAGUAUAACGCUCGAAAACAAAGUCCCGCCAACCCAUCAGAAACGCAUUAAUUUAAUAUUGAGUUGAUAUUGGGAAUCCAAAUACGUGGAUGUCUUGCAUAUGAUUCCCCCAUCUACGGGACAAAAUCCCAGAAACAGCAGAGAAUUGUCCAGCAAAGUUUUAUAUUGUCAUUUAUAGAACAAGCGUGAAUAUGCUCCGUGUCUGGAAUCUCAACUGUUUAAACGCUUCAUUAGCCAGCCACGGUAAUGCCCUGUUCUGUUGACAUGCUCCUUCCCCACACCAUCUCCUCCUCCUACUAAUCAAUCACAAUAUUAUUUUCCCUCUAUGAAUGAAAAGUUUUUUUUUUUUUUCUUUUCCUCAAAAUCUGAUGGCCGUCGGCAAGGGAGAAAAAGCUAGAAGACAAAGAAAAGCGAAAAUGUUAGAGUGGGCAAAGACGAAGAAGUAAUUGAUUGAUUCAAGUAAUGACUCCUGGAAAGCGAAGGUUUUUAUGUUGGGUGACUAUGACACUUUGCGUCUUAUGGUCGUUUAAAACACUAGAAGGGAUAGAAGAUGACUCGGAAACAGAGAAAGAAUCAGAGUUAGAGGAAGAAGAAACAGAGAGUGAGCAUGAGGAACAACAAAGAGAGGAGAGAAAAGUCAUGAUAAGGGUGGUUCCCAGGGAGAGAUUUGAGAGAAGGAAUUUGAUAGAGCACUCACACAGUGCAAGCUGCGGUGGCGGUGGUAAUCUUUUUUGUUGUCAAGUUGAUGAAUGUGGUGCGGAUUUGAAAGAUGCAAAGCAAUAUCAUCGGCGCCACAAAGUCUGCGAGCGACACGCAAAGGCUGCCUUUGUUUUGGUUAAAGGCAUUCGCCAGAGGUUCUGCCAGCAGUGUAGCAGGUUUCAUGAAAUUUCAGAGUUUGAUGGCGCCAAAAGAAGCUGUCGGGAUCGUUUGGCUGGUCAUAAUGAGCGUCGAAGAAAGGUCCAUCCAGACCAACAAGCAGAGGAUGACAUCAAGCUAACGGGUCUCGGCCCAUGCAACGUCGCCCGGGUGUAGCAUGUAGGUGAUGGAUGGGGUGGGUGUGAAGUUAGAACAAGGUGAGGUGAAGAAUUGUUUGAAGAUCGGAAUGAAUGUUGGGGGCAUCGGGUUUGACACUUCCCUUUAUAAAGAGUUUGAACUUCUUUGCAGCAGCGGCAGGAGGAAAAAACUAUUUUGUUUUGUCUCGUAUUUUUCUCUCUUGGUUUUUACGUCCUACUACUUCUCUUAAUAAUAAUUUAUAACCCAUUAAUUAAUUAUUAAUUAAUGAUUAGUAGUUGAACCUCAAUGAAAUGAUAUAUAGACAGAUGUGCAAAGAUCAAGUAGCUACUCAUAUUAUUAUUCUUCAUAUUAUAUAUAGGAAAAAAGGAUUUCUUCAAAAAGGAGUAUUAUUAUUGUUGAAAAAGGAGUUUCAGCACAAUGUCCUUUUUCGUGAUGUAUACUUUUUUAUAAGUGAAUAAGUUGCAAGAAAGUCAUGAAUGAAUUAAUAAGAUGCAAGUAGACCACAAAAUGCUCUCAUGUUUUAAUUAUUUUGUUAUGUUUUAAUUAUUUUGAUUCAAGAGGAGCACAAUAUGGUUCAAACUUUGCAUUUCAAACCAAAACGCCAUCCUCCGUUGCUUUAGUUUCAUUAGUGGUUAUAUCUCUGCCCU